UUCAAAUCUAUUUUCACCGGGAAAAGUUUGCGAAAGCGAAGUGUGAAAUAUUAUCGGGAACCAUGUCAAAGGUGAAACUAAAUCUAAUCGCCGCUGCCUGCGAAAAUAUGGGAAUUGGUAUAAAUGGUGACCUUCCUUGGAGACUAAAAAAUGAAAUGGCAUACUUUACAAGAAUGACAACAAAUGUUCAAGACAAAAACAAGGUUAAUGCAGUUAUAAUGGGUCGUCGCACAUGGGACUCCAUUCCUCCGAAGUACAGCCCCCUACAGGACAGACUCAACAUAGUCUUAACACGGAAAGUUGAGGCCAUCAGAGAGAAAGUCCCUGAAGGAGUAAUAGUGCUUUCUGGAAUAGAUGAAGCUAUAGAAUACAUAGAGGAGCAUAAGAAUAUUGAGUCCGCGUGGGUAAUAGGUGGUUCCUCUAUUUAUAAGCUUGGGAUGGACCAUGCAAACUGUGAUAAGAUAUACCUAACGGAAAUACAAAAGACCUAUGAAUCUGAUACAUUCUUUCCUGAUAUUGACAAGGACAAGUUUAAAUUGAUCACUGAAGACAAUGUUCCCACCGAACGCCAAACGGAAAACCGUAUAGAUUACUUUUUUAGAAUCUAUAAAAAAGUAUGCUAGAGGCUUUUUGUAGGCAUAUUCCACAUAUGAAUGGUAAAAUAUUAAGGCUUCCUCUAAAAAUUAUUUAAAGAGUAAGACUUAAUAUUACAACAUAUCUUUUUAUUAGUUACCUAAGAGAGCAUUUAGUAAAGUGGGUCAAUUACUAAGGUAAGCACUUAUUUUUGGAGAAUGCAAAGCAUUAAUUUUUGUACAAAUGCACAUAUCGUUAAAAAUAAAACAAGUUUGUAAUAA